AUGACCAAUCGCCAAACACUCCACGACUUAUUCUUUGAUGUUGGUACAUUUCAGGAUAACGCUCGUCUAGUCCGUGACACGUACGCGUACUUCCCAAUAUUAAUGAAGUACACCGACUUACAUCGUGCUCAGUGGCUAAAGGCUCCGUCAUGGGAGACUGACGGCGUUUACGAAAACGUUGCGGUGAUCUUCCGUAUCUGGAGUCAAAGUCAACACUUCAAGCGCGAAGAAUUGAACUACAUGGCACAGUUUGAAGAGGACGCAGCAAUGGUCGGUGGUGGUGAGAUGAAGACCGGCAAAGCAGCCAUUGCCGAGCGAAAGAAGAAAAGGAGGGAAGGACA